UUUCCUUUCUCUCCUCUCUCUCUUUCCUGGUAUCCUUUGCACUUUCGGGUCCAUUUCCACCACAGCUUCCUUAGCCGUUUGGAUGAAUGCUCGAUCGGGGUGUUGUGGGAUCUUGCGCUGAAUCAUUUCUUCCUCUCAUGUUUUGCUGUACUGACAAAUUGGAACAAUUUACCCAUUGGGUUUUUUGGGUUGUAAUGUGUUUUCAUAUUCAAUUGAUGAAUUGGUGAUGAGUAGGCAGCUGGAGGUUGAUCAAUGGUUGUCAGAUUGUGAGUCGUUUUCGAAUUUGUGGUUUUGUAGCUGGAUUUGGUUGUCGCUCUCGUGAAGACGGCGAAUAUACUCGCCUGUGCCCAGCGUGCUAGUCCUUUGAUCUGUUAUGUGUAUUUUAAUGUUGUCAAUUUGGUCGAGUAUUGUUUUGGUGGCAGUGAACUUUGAGUGUGUCGUGGUUAAGGAUAUUCGUCGUUUGACAUAUGGUUAGCCAGAAGGAUUACAGGCGCGUUUUUGUUUUUGUUAAUAAUGUUUUUUGAAGUUAUUAACUCACCUGGCAAUUCCAGACUGAAUCUCACGUUUGUGUGAAACGUGUUGUACAUUUGUAGGUUGAGGUAGUCACGAUCCUUAGGAAAUACUGUUUGUGUUGCUGUUUUGGUUCCAUUUGCUUAGGGUUACGCUUGCCAAAUAUGCAGAAGAGAUGAGGCUAAGCUGUGGUAUCUGCAUUGACAUCUACGCUACAUCUAUGCCACCUACAACUGCAAUUUGUAAUUUGGUGUUGGAUUGACAAGGUUCUGUGGGACGUUUCCAGGUUGAAAACUAGUAUUAGUACAGUUUCGUAUUGUGGUAUCGUGGACCGUUUUGGAUAUUCAUGUGCUUGAGUUGCAUUAAGAUUUUUCGAUUGUCCCAUUGCGGAUUGCGAGGGUCUCUCGCAUGCCAAUUUAUACCUUCGACUUGAGUUUAUCAUGAAUCCACUAUUCUGACGUGUAGGUGGCCUUACGCCAAAUUCGUUUUGAGAGAUAUUCCUCUUCACUGGAAUGUCUAAGGAACUUUGUGUCGGAGACCGGGUGAAGGGAAAAAUAUUAGUGAUUCACUGCAAGGAAGAGCAUGGCGGCCCCAUCAUCUCGACUUUCACUGUCGAGUGUGAAGACCUCUGGUUCGGAGGCGUAUUACAAAAGCAACCUCGAUCUGGUUUUGAAGGAGAACAAGCAGCUUCGGCAACGCCUUGACCAGCUUGAAAAGGAGAAUCGUGGUCUCAAGAAAGCUGUGUAUGAUCUUAGUGUCAGCAGACAUAGUGCGUGUAUAGAAUUGGGCCGCACUGGGAAACCUUUUGAUAUCAAUAGCAUUAUCACUCCGGAGAGCUCUGGGCCCGAGUCGUUAGAAACUGCUGAUUUGCCUGAUAUCGUCCCUCAAAAAGUGGGAAUUCCAAGUGUUGCUGUACCUAAAAGUAAACGGCAAGCAGGUGGUCGACAAUUUUAUCUUGCUUGCGAUUUAAAGGGCCAUAAAGGACCAGUUUAUGCUGCGCAGUUUGCUAGAGCUAGCAAUCUGUUGGCGUCAGGGUCUUUUGACCAAAGCGUUCGAAUCUGGGAUGUGCAAACGCAGCGUGAAGUGCAAUGUUUUCAAGAGCAUCAACAGAAUGUUGCAGAUGUUGACUGGUCUAGCGAUGGAACUCGACUUCUUUCGGGCGGAUUCGAUCACUGUGUGAAAGACUGGGAUGUUGUUGCAGGGAAAGUCGUGCAUUCUUACAGCGAGUUGCAAGGGUUCAUUCAGGCUGUCCAUUUUAAUCCUGCAGAUAAUGACGUAUUUCUCGCUGGAAGUACUUCAAAACAUAUUUAUGUACUGGACCGACGCUUACAUAGCUCUGGAGGGUUGGCAAUGCUGCUCACUGGAGAUGCCAAAGUAGGUGCCCUUGUGGUAAGCCGGAGUGGCAAUUCGUGUCUUUCAGGAGAUUCACAUGGUGCCAUGAAGCUGUGGGAUCUGAGGACUAAGGCCUGUGUAGAGACCGUGUAUAAUGAAGACGGUCACAAGCCUAUAACAUCCCUCUCCACAUCUUCUGGGUCUCAUGUUGGCAACGAAGAGGGCGUCCAUCUUGCCGUCAACAGCUAUGAUAACGUUCUGAGAGUUUAUGACAGAUAUUCUGUCACGGAACAGCCUCCACUAAAGUUGGGAAGCUUGCGGCUGGUACAUUCUAUAAACGGCACUCGUACCAAGAAUUGGCCGAUCAAAAGCUCUAUGUUUCAAGGACAUGAUUAUCAGCAAUCUGUUAGAAGACGUCGACACAAGAGUAUCGACGGGUUGUCGGCGAAUGGAGAUUUCAGGCCUCGAAGUCCAGAAGCCUCAUCGUUUCAAGAUGCAAGUGUGCAUGAUGCGCUGUUGCUUGCAACUGGUAGCGCAGAUAAUUUUGCAUACAUCUUCGAUGUCAGUGGUCCAAGCGGAACUUCUGAGCUUGUGCAACGGUUGGAAGGUCACACUGAUCGCGUGUGUGCUGCCGUCUUCCAUCCCGUAGAUCCAAUUCUUACAACUUGUUCCUCGGAUUUCACUCUUAAAAUUUGGUCUCCACGGCAUUUAACGGAUAUAGGCUAAUCCCUUAAAUUUAGCUCGAAAGUUCGUAAGUCCAUGAGGAUCUGGCGAUGAUUCUACUUAUGCAUUUAACUCAGAAAGCCAUGGAGCCAAAGAUCGAGGCAAGGGGCAUUUUAAUUUAAUACGUAGUUUGCACAAAUCUGUUCCGUGUCAUAAUGUGCAUUAGUGACUGGUUCGCUUUAAUUCCAACGUAUUUUAUCAUUUUCAUCUCCCUCAAGUCAAUCAACAGUGUAAUGCUCAAGAGCAUUUCACCACUGGAUCUUGUCCAGGGUCAUUUUUUGUACUCGAGAACCUGUUAAUGAUGUGGUGUCUACUGAUUACGAUCGACGUGGAACCACAGUGAGAUGAAUAACGCUCUUUUUGUU